AUCGUUAUUGACUUAAUAAUUGACUCUUGAUAUCGAAAAGAGGAAAAGUUUACUGUGCAGUGAUUGGAUGCUGAUAGCAUGCUAUAAGUAGGGGACUGAGAGUACUAAAGACCACUUACAGUUAGUUUAACAGAUCACUGUCAACAUGAAGAUGGAGACUUUACCAACCCUUCUUCUGAUUCUGGCCACAGCCCAAUGGAUCAACGGAAAAUUCCUCGGUUGUUAUGAAGAUAAUACAAUACGGCUAUUGCCAGACUUCCAUAUGUUUGUGGAUAAUUUAAAUAGCCCUGCAAGAUGUGUACACAUAUGUAAGCAGCUCCAAUUCCGAUAUGCAGGAGUGGAGUAUUCAACUCAGUGUUACUGCAGUAGCGACAGACCCUACGAACGAAUGAAGCGAGAUAUUAGUGAAUGUAAAAUGAAGUGCCCAUUCAGUGAAGAGAUUUGCGGUGGUCCAAUGAGAAUUUCAGUUUAUUCCACUGAUUCCAAUGUCUACCCAAUCACAGACCCUGGGACAUAUAUUGGUUGCUAUUUGGAAUCCGGCAACGAUAGAACUCUCAACCAUUAUCAGUUGAAUUUAUUUGAAAUAAACAGUCCGGAAAGAUGCACACGCAGCUGUACCGCUCUUGGCUACAUGUAUGCAGGCACAGAGCCAUAUGAUCAGUGCUUCUGUGGAAACACAAAGCCUGCCAACGAAAGGAAGACAGAAGAAAGUGAAUGUAAUGUCCAAUGUCCUGACAGCCAAGAGAAGUGCGGUGGUAAUGGACGGAUUUCAAUAUACAGGACAUCAGUCUAUUCAAAUGCAGAGUCAAUAGUAACAGUUUCAGAUGAACGGUUGAAGAGUAACACUAUUGGCUGUUUUGAAGAUUCUGAUAACCGAAUCCUGUCAGAGUAUUUUUCUUGUCUUGAUGUUACUAACAGCCCCAAGAACUGUUUGUAUGUGUGUCAACAGUUCCAGUUUAAAUAUGCAGGUGUGCACAAUGGGACUGACUGCUACUGCGGCAACGUAAUGCCUAGUCCAAGCAGGAAGAGAAAUGAAAAUGAAUGUCAAGUUUCUUGUCCUAACAGCUCUGAAAGGUGUGGUGGCAACAUGCGUACUUACGUUUACUCAACUCAAAAGUUUACAACUGAAUCAAAUUCAGCGUUGAGGAUCGGCUCUUCCGAAAAGCAGGCUGCUGUAGAACAGGGAGCAGUCAACGGUCGUCAUCAGAGGCCAGCAGUUAUGAAGUAGACCUCACAGAUCGCUUCAGUUUUCCAUCAUCCACCACUUACCACUUUUUCAUUUCAUAGUUAAAUAAAAUUAUAAUUUAGAGAAAGGUCUUUAAUAAUGGCAGUAGUAAUGUUAUAUACUAUAACCAUAUAAUUAAAUUCUGUUUUUUUUUUUUUAAGUUGUCUCCAUUACCCUGCACCACUACCACUUGAAUCGUAAGAAUUAAUCAUUAAUCAACCACUAAUAUAGCAGAAAAAAAAUACAAACAAUUAAUUUUUGGCCAAAUAAAAAGUUUGAUCACGGUGUAUGUGCCUCAUUUAA